GGGGCGGGGCUAUGAGUCAGGGUUCGUGGUUGCAGUCGGCGGUGGCGCCGGGUCUCGCGUCAGGCGCUCACGAGAUUUUGUUCAUUUCCAGCGCGGAAUGUCGAGUGUCACAUAUGUCAGUGCUCGAUCUGCCAUUUUAAAGCCAAGCGAGGAAUGUCUGCUGAAGGAAAAAUGGACAAAAGUUUGAAGAUGCAGCUGGACGCAGCCUCGUACGAAACGGGAAUGUACACGCGGCCGCCCUUGAGAGUCGCCGAGCCGCUCUUCGGUGUGAGCGGAAUGGAGGACACGCUGGGAUUGCAGCCCUGGCAACCGGGCUUCAGUAACCAGCCAGUACUUUCGGAACUGGGAGAAGCGCCCAGGAGUUACUGGGAUUCGUCGCUGCUGGUUUCUGAGUGGGAGCUGCUGGAGAGCGCUUUCCGAGAUCUCAAGGACAUUGAUCCACCCAGUGCAGAAAAGGGGAUACAAACUGAAAUGUUUCAUAUUAAAAAAGAGUUCCCAGAGUCUGACUGCUGUGCAAACAUCCAUGGAUCCCUCCAACUGAUUUCUCCUAAGGGAGAAGACUGGGCACAUAAACAGUGUUUAAGUCCCUGCAGAGAGAGGUCCGCGGCGCAUUUUAGAGAAGAGGUCGUGCUUCAUGAUUUGAUGCCUGUUAAAGAGGAGGUACAUAAGCAGAUGGUUAAACAAGAGGAGAUCUAUGAAAUGGAUGUUUUCUUUUUGCAUAUGAAACCACAGUCUCCACGUGAAAACAUCUUUGCUGAUGUGCCUUUUGAGGGAAUUCAGUUUGAGCCAAUGCAGAAGAGUCAGUUUCCCACCCUAACAGAGCUUGAACCAAGCAGAGCGUGUAGUAGUAAAAGGCAACGUUCAGAAAAGAAGCCUGCAUCCUGCCAGGAAAGACAGUAUUGCUGUAUGACUUGUGGGAAGAGCUUCAAGCAGAAAAUUAAUUUCCAGAUCCAUCAGAGAAUUCACACAGGUGAAAGGCCUUAUCGUUGUAAUGAGUGUGGAAAGGCCUUCAGCCAGUCGGGCAACCUUCAGGCUCAUCAGCGGAUCCACACUGGAGAGCGACCUUAUAUCUGCACAGAGUGUGGGAAAACCUUCCGCCAGUGUGGACCUCUUCAGAAACAUCAGCGAAUUCACACCCGAGAGAAGCAGUUUAGCUGUGCUGAAUGUGAGAGGACAUUUAAACAUGUGGAUAAUCUACGACGGCAUGAAAGGAUUCACACUGGUCAGAAAUCCCAUCUGUGCCCAGUGUGUGGCAAGGGCUUCAUAAGUUCUGACCACCUCCAAGCACACCUAAGGAGCCAUACUGGAGACAAGCCACACAUUUGCCCCGAAUGUCACAAGGGCUUUGGGACAGCAGCAGAAGUUAAAACACAUCAGAGAGUUCACACAGGAGAGAAGCCAUAUGGCUGCAUUGACUGUGGAAAAGCUUUCUUUACUUCAGAUCACCUCAAGAGACACCAAAGGAUUCACACGGGAGAAAAGCCAUACACCUGCCCCGAAUGCGGCAGGGCCUUUAGCCAGUCCGGGCAUCUUCAGAGACACCGGCGGAUUCAUGUAGGAGAGCAGCCUAAUGGUGCAUUGGAUAUCAAUGGGCUUUUAAGUAUCUAGCAAGCUCAAGCUGCCCAGAACUCCCAUUUUUCCUAAGCAAUUACUAGUUUUCAUUUGUUUGCAGGAGCAUUGGUCACUUUGGAGAAUCAAUGACUGGAAGAAGCCACCCUUUUGGAUUCUAAAGAACUGGCUGGGAUAGAGCAGGUAAAUGGAAGGAUUCUUACAGAAAGGUAGCCAUGCUUCUGUUUAGAGUUUGAAAAAAAAAAGUCAUUACGACACGCAUCCUCCAUAAAAGUAAUCAUUCAUUGCUUAAGUUCUAUUUUGUUUGCAGAUCACAAAACAGUUGAGCGUAAUGUUACCAAAUACUCUAUACUUUUUCUCCUUUGAAGUUAUUCUAGAUAAUACACUACAGUGUAGGAAACUGGUAAAAUGGAGGUUGUAAGGUACAUACAGCAUGGCAGUUUUUGGGAUUAGCGUUGUUCUUCCUGAGCAAGAUUAAAAAAAGCAUUUGAAAUUCCUUGUUUUUUUUUUCAUUCUUCUAUAGCAAAGACAAGUGUUAUCUUUAGUUUGAAAUGCAAUAUUGAGGCCUGAAGGAGCCUUGCAGAAAGGACAAAAAGGUAAGGAGAGGUUGAGGUUUCUAAGAAUGCUGCCCUAGGUGUGUACAUAUAGCACAAGACCAUCUUCACAGGAACCGUGAGUCAUGCCCGCUAGUUGUUGUACAAGAGCUUUUAAGUGAGCAGCCAUGCCUUGAAGAUUAGCUGACACUGCUCAUUCAUUUCAUAAAGAGUUAACAUGCUUCUGUCGUACGGUCUGUCCCGGGAGUUUGUUAGAGUCGUUCCAUGGUUUAAUACCUUUACUGUGAAGAAUUUUGAGUCCAGGAGCCAUGGUGAUCCAAAUGAAUGGCCGGUUUUCAUCCAGUCUGGGUGGCUUUUGAGACGGUGGCCCAUUUUACAGUGAACUGUAUGACUUACUGCUUGUGGUUUCUAAACUGUGAUUUCUAAAACCACGGGAGUUGCACACCAGUCACAAAUCUCGCUCGUCUCAGGAGUCUUCGGACAUUUAGGACUCUCUGCCACCACUGAGGAUUCAUGAAAGUCAGUGCUUGGGAGGAAUCACAGAUGAUGCAGACCAAGGAGUAAAAAUGGAGAAGUUAUGAAAAUAUGCCAUCUUUGGUUGGUACGUUGAAACCCAGACAAAUCUUAGUUAUGCAGUGAAUGGGAAAUGUUUACCAUUACGAGUCAAGACAUUUAUGUUUUAACAGAAAUCUGUUAACCCUUUUUGUGCUGGGUUUAAAAAAAAAAAUGCUCCAGAGAAGAGGGCUCAUGAAUAGGGACCCUUCAAUAACAAUUUAAAAGAUUCACUGUACUAGUUGAAGUUGUUAAAAGAAAUUCUGCAGAGCACAUCAGCUCUGUAAAUAGAGCAUCCAUUUUUGAUUUUGUUCAUAUCAUGUUGCUUGCAUUCUGUUUCUGGAAGAUUGCAUUUUGUAUUUAAAAGGCUGCUACUUGGCAGUUAUAGUUGAAUAAUGCUUAAAAAGCCAUCAUAAUUCCAAAAUACCAUAUUAAUUAAUAUAAAUCAGUUAUCUAAUUUUUUUUUUUUUUAGAUUUGUUUUCCCCCAAGCAAUCCUUUAUUGAAAAUAGUAAGUUGUUAUUAAAAUUACAUUGUUUUAUAUAAGUAUUGCAGAAUAAAAGCAUGUCAUGCAACCAGAA